AUGGCAUAUAAAAAAACCACUUGGUUGUUGCUCCAUUUCCUAGCAUUCGGCUUCGCAGCUCCCAAUGCCAAAAGAGCAACCACACCGGGAUACAAUGCUUUGCCCUAUUAUCCCGCACCCUACGGAGGUUGGGUUAGCGAGUGGGCAAGCAGCUACACAAAAGCUAAGAAACUUGUCGACUCGAUGACUCUUGCUGAGAAAACCAACAUUACUGCCGGAACCGGGCUUCUCAUGGGACAUUGCAACGGAAAUAGCGGUUCUGCCGAGCGAGUUGGGUUUCCCCAGCUCUGCCUCAACGAUGCCGCCAACGGCGUUCGGCUGACCGACAACGUCACCGUCUUUCCGGAUGGAAUCACUGUCGGUGCCACAUUUGACAAGACACUCAUGUACGAACGUGGCGUCGCGAUCGGUAAAGAAGCGCGCGGCAAGGGUGUCAACGUUUGGCUCGGCCCAGCGGUAGGUCCAAUUGGCCGGAAACCCAAGGGCGGUCGUAAUUGGGAAGGCUUCGGAGCAGAUCCCGUGCUGCAGGGCGUUGGAGCUCGAGAAACCAUCAAAGGAGUUCAAGAGCAGGGAGUCAUCGCGACUAUCAAGCACUUGAUAGGGAACGAGCAGGAGAUGUACCGUCGGCAAACCACAGACCUUUUCUCGCCGGCGUACUCGGCGAAUAUUGAUGAUCGAACGCUGCAUGAGCUUUAUCUAUGGCCAUUUGCCGAGGCCGUUCGAGCGGGUGUCGGCGCUGCUAUGACUGCCUACAACCGAGUCAACGGUACCAUGUGCAGCGAGCAUUCAUACCUCAUCAGCCACCUCUUGAAGGACGAGCUCGGUUUCCAGGGCUUCGUAAUGACCGACUGGCUCUCGCAGAUCACAGGGGUCCAGUCGGCGAUUUCGGGUAUGGACAUGAGCAUGCCUGGCGAUACAAUCAUUCCUCUCUUCGGCAACUCGCUCUGGAUGUAUGAAUUGACUCGUGCUACGCUGAAUGGCUCUGUCCCAAUGGAGAGGCUCAACGACAUGGCCACUCGCAUCGUGGCCACCUGGUAUCAUUUCGGCCAAGAUCAAGGCUACCCAGAGGUCAAUUUCGACACGAACACGAAAGAGGCUACAGGCGCGCUUUAUCCAGCAGCUUGGCCAUCAUCUCCCUCGGGAGUCGUCAACAAGUUUGUCCAGGUGCAGGCAGACCACGACAAGAUUGCAAGACAGAUCGCACAAGACGCCAUUACCAUGCUCAAGAAUGAUGGAAGCUUGCUACCACUUUCUACAAGUCGCCCAUUGAAGGUCUUUGGUACCGGAGCUCAGACGAAUUCAGACGGUGCCAAUGCUUGCUACGAUCGAAACUGCAACAAAGGCACUCUUGGCCAAGGCUGGGGGUCCGGUACAGUCGAUUACAUGUAUCUGGACGACCCAAUCACCUCCAUCAAAGAGAAGGCUCAAAACGUCACGUUUUACAACACCGACAAGUUUCCCACUGUUCCAAGCCCUUCCAGCAACGAUGUCGCCAUCGUCUUCAUUACUUCUGAUGCUGGAGAGAACCAGUAUACCGUUGAGAAUAACCAUGGCGACAGAGAUGCCUCGCGGCUGAAUGCAUGGCAUGAUGGGGACGCUCUUGUCAAGGCUGCGGCGGCCAAGUAUAGCAACGUUGUUGUUAUCGCCCACACUGUCGGCCCUCUUGUGCUCGAAGAAUGGAUCAGUCUUGCGUCGGUCAAGUCAGUGCUCAUUGCCCAUCUGCCUGGCCAAGAAGCCGGAGACUCUCUCACGAAUGUGUUAUUUGGCACUGCGUCUCCCUGUGGACAUUUGCCGUACAGCAUCACAUAUGCUGAGGAUGACAUGCCGGACAGCGUCACCGAUCUGAUUGACUCUGCCUUCAUCGAUCCUCCUCAGGACGUCUACUCUGAGAGGAUGUACAUUGACUAUCGCUGGCUCAACAAAGAACAGAUCAAACCUCGGUAUGCAUUUGGCCAUGGGCUCAGCUACACGACAUUCUCAUACACGAACGCUACCAUCAAGAAGAUUACAACGUUGAGCAAAUAUCCUCCCACGCGACCGGCGAAAGGCCAGGUCUUGGACUAUUCUGAGGCGAUUCCAGCCUACAGCGAGGCAGUCAAACCACAGAGCUUCUCAACUAUUUGGCGGUACCUGUACUCUUGGCUUUCUGAGUCGGACGCGAAGGAUGCUGCUGCCAAGGCCACGACUUCAAAGUACCCAUAUCCAGACGGCUACACCACCACACAGAGGACUAAUCCUCCUCCCGCGGGCGGUGCGCAAGGUGGCAAUCCAGCGCUCUGGGACGAAGCGUACACCGUUUCUGUGCUUGUGACCAACACCGGCAGUAAAUAUUCCGGGAAGGCGUCAGUUCAAGCAUAUCUCCAGUAUCCGGGGGAUAUUGCGUAUGACACACCCGUCAUCCAGUUGCGGGAUUUUGAGAAGACGGCCGAGCUGGCGCCUGGAAAGAGUGAGAGGGUGGAGGUGACGUUGACAAGGAAAGACUUGAGCAUCUGGGAUGUGAGUGCUCAGGACUGGGUUGUGCCAGACCCAGGUGGAGACUACAAAGUUUGGUUGGGAUCUGCAAGUGAUGAUUUGCCAGUUGUCUGUUAUGCACUCGGCUUGAGUUGCGAUUAUGGCAUUGAUGUGCCUGUGUCUUAG